CACCCAUCCCAAAUGAGCAGGAUUGUUCUGCUUGUGCUAUGGGAUGAGGUGUGGAUGCCAAGAUCAGCCCAUCCACACACAUCUUGCUGAACCAGAGGUGUGCAGUGUACAUGCUGCAGGUGGUUAUGAAUGUGGUUUUCAAGUUUACUGCCCCCACAAAGCUUUGCCUCAGGCCUUUACUUGCAGCAAGCUGACAGGGCUCUUUCUAAGCACUUUGGUCAUCAACAUUUUCCCUCCGUCAGAAUCUUUGUGUGGGUGAGAAGAGGAGGAACCGAAGCCAAAGCUUUUAAUGAGGAACGUUUGCAACAGAACCUGAAGUUUUGCAUGGCCCGAUCUUGGGUGGGGAUUUGAGCUGGAGACAGCAGCAAGAAGGUUUAUCUGAUUUUUCUCAAUACCUGGAUGAUGUUACUAUGGAAGGUGCCAGUUUCCAGUCUAACAAGAUCCCAUGUGGGUUAAAUGGCUUUGGAGUCAGUUCUGUUCCCAUUCCUGGUGCAAGGAACACAUUGCUCAGCAAUGUCUGGAGCAAGUUGGGCUGCAGAAAUCCAUCCCUGCAGGAGAAGAACUGUGUUUUCUCCAGGAAGUGAACACAGGCACUGCAAGAAGCUGCUUUCUUUUCUUGUUAAACCAUUUGCCAAGACCAACAGUCACUAAGAUAAUCAAUUCACUCCAUUCCCAGCCUCCAUGGAUCCUCUAGCUUUUGGCAAGUCAUGAAACCGUAAUUCCCAGGCUGAUAAGCCUUUUUCCCUGUGCUGUCUCUCAAUAUUGUCUCUUCACAUGAAUGCAAAUGGCUUCUCCAGCAUGUGAAGCUGUCCUGGUGGCUCUGUCUGACCCUGGGUCUGACCCUGCUGCUUUUAUUCUGAGUCCAGCAUCCAGAGAGGAAACUCGCACCCAUCCUCUGUACCAGCACAGCCUCCUGCUUGAGGAGGGUGCAAUUCUUACCCUGUGUGUUAUUCCUGCUUCUCUGCACUGUAACAUGACCUAUUGCUAGAUACACAGUGACCUGUUCUCAGCCUUGAGAUCUUUGCUCACCUCUUCUCAUUUCUCCAGCCCUCGCACUGAUGCUUGGCUUUGACUGUAUCGACAGCAACUAAUCUGAUGCAACCUUGGGGUUUUCACUCUGUGAGUCCUGCCCAGCUGACUGAGAAGGAGGAGAAGAGCCUUCUGUCUGUGCCACUUCAGCUCUUCACUGCUUUUAGGGUGCAGCUCUGGACCCCAACCCUGCAGAGGGCCGGAAGAUGCCUUCUUGCCCAUGGAAAGCAGGAUCUCAAGAAAGUCAUCAGUGGGAGUGUGAAUGAGGAUUUCACAAUCUGCUCCCCAGCCAGGAGAACAAGCCACGACCUGAGGCUGAAUCCGUGUUUCUUAGCCAUGGAAGAUAAAGCAGAUAUACAAAGUGCUGGAUUUGUGACAAUACAACACAGUCCAUCAAGGAGAGACACCUUCAGCGUGGCCCAUAAAAGCCAAACUGGUGGAACUGAGAAAAAUGGGUCGCUUUCCUCCAUCCUCUACUGUAAGAGUGAUUUAAAGGAAGGAUCCCUGCAGGGGGUGAAAGAACCCUUCAAUGGGCAGGUGCUCAUGGUGCUCAGCAUGGACAACAACUGCUCAGCCGCCUCCUUUGAUAUGGAGCUUUGUGCAGAGAAACUCCAGUCCCUCGGGGUUCAGGUGGCAGCGGAUCAGUGGAAAAGGUUGAUCCAGGAUGCUGUUCUGAAGCCUGAAGUGAGACGGUACAUGUUCUACAACUCCAGGGCAUUCCAGAUAGCCAUUGCUGUGGUUUUCUACAUGUCUCUCUGGACAAACAUUUACACCACAGUCCAGCUGUGUUCCUUCGGACGCUACUGGGAGGCCAGCGUGCUGGUGACCCUGGCUGCUGUAGCAGUCACCGUCAUUGUGAUACUCGUUAUUGACCAUCGCCAGAGGAAGAUAAAUAUGAACACAGAUGUGAGGCUGGCUGCUGUCAAUGAAGUCUUUCUCAAACACAGUUUAAUUCUGGGGAUUACAGAUGUCCUGGAUGGGCAACACAACAUCCUACAAUUGUGGUUUGUGCACUUCAGCCCGGAGCGUUGCCUCCAGUCCUUAUCAGCCCACAUCAUGGACCUGCAGAGGACACGAAAGCCGGCCUUGCGGCACAGCCUGGAUGAGCUCUGUGUGGUUAUGGAGGCGGUGGUUUCCCCUGACCUGGGCAUGGAGGAAGAGGCUUUGCGUGAGGAGUCCCCUCUGUUAUCCAGUGAGGUGAACCUAAAUAAAGAGCCUGUGACAUGCAACGAGCUGCUCCACCUCGUUCCUGAGGGCCCACCAGAGGCGAUGGCCCAGCAGCUCCUGGUGAUCUUCAGUGGAUGCUAUGUCCGGCUCCUGGUGACCGGCCAGCUGCCCCGGGCCGUGGCAGGGGGGCACCUGGAGCAGAGCAACAUGCCCUGUCUCUGCCAGUUCAUCCAGAGCUCUGUGCUUAACACAUACCAGAGUUGGUUCAUGGCACGGUGACUCGAGGGGGCUGGAAUAUGCAAAAAUGCAAGCUGUCCGUACACAACAGUGUGAAGAGGUCAUGGGGCAGAGAGAAUGGCUGCUCAUCCUAGACUCAUCUGGAUGAACAAGUGGAAAUAAGACUCUAAUAAACCAUACAAGGAACUCGCUGCCCUCUAUGGUCCAGUAGAGCUCAAAGGGCUUCACUUUGGACUGCUAUUUAUAGGGUCAAAAGGUGAUUGGCUUUAGUCAUUAAUAAAUCUCCAUCCUGGCCACAA